GCUAAUCGCAAUGAUUUUCACAGUAGGUCUUGGCCCCUUCCGCUGAUCCUCAUCUACAGUGCCGACUAUUUAGGGCCGCGGCAGCAGUGUGGGGAAACACAACAGACGCCGUCGUUGCCCCUAGCAACUCACUCGCAAGCCCACCUUUCCCCACUCUUCUCCAAGCCCCGGAGGUGCUACCGGAAGUGAUCGGAAGUCUGCAGUAUGGGCAAUCUGUGCUGCUGUGUUCAAGUCGACCAAUCUACCGUGGCCAUCAGAGAGCAGUUUGGGAAGUUUGACAGUGUGCUUGAGCCAGGAUGCCACUGCCUGCCUUGGAUCUUUGGGAAGCGUGUAGUUGGCCAUCUCACACUCAGGUUGCAGCAGCUGGAUGUGCGCUGCGAAACUAAGACAAAGGACAAUGUGUUUGUCACUGUUGUUGCAUCAAUUCAGUACCGACCUCUGGCUGGCAAAGAAAGCGACGCAUACUACAAACUGACCAACACCAGAUCCCAGAUUCAGGCCUAUGUUUUUGAUGUGAUCAGGGCAAGUGUUCCAAAGCUCAACCUGGAUGAUGCUUUCGUGCAGAAGAAUGAUAUAGCACAGGCUGUGGAGGAUGAACUUGAAAAGGCUAUGUCGGCAUAUGGCUUUGAGAUCGUGCAGACCCUCAUUGUCGACAUCGAGCCAGAUGCGCAUGUCAAGCAGGCGAUGAAUGAGAUCAAUGCAGCUGCAAGGAUGAGGGUGGCUGCAAACGAGAAGGCGGAGGCUGAGAAGAUUGUCCAGAUCAAGCGUGCCGAGGGUGAAGCAGAGGCCAAGUACCUGUCUGGCCUCGGUAUCGCCCGCCAGCGCCAGGCCAUUGUGGAUGGCCUGAGGGACAGCGUCCUGGGCUUCUCAGUCAAUGUGCCUGGCACCACUGCAAAGGAUGUGAUGGACAUGGUGCUGAUCACCCAGUACUUUGAUACUAUGAAAGAGGUCAGCGCGUCCUCCAAGUCCUCGGCGGUGUUCAUCCCCCAUGGCCCUGGCGCGGUGCGCGACAUCGCCACGCAGAUCCGCGACGGUCUUCUUCAGGGCCAGUCUGCCUCUGACAACUAAGCAGUUUGCUUCGCCUACAGUACUCUCUAAUAUGAUGCGUGUUGUAUGAUUAUGACUUAUAUGGAACCAUAUGUGGAUCGUGGCUUAGGUCGAUGUGCGGUAACAAAACCUUUAACCUAUUGGGGAUGCAGGAUGAUAUAAGUGUGUUAUGAAAUGCUGGUGAUGAACUUGAUCUAA